AUGCCUACACCUCAAAAGGAGCCCGGACACAUCUUGGUGCAUUACCCGUUUACAGACACAGCCCUAGUCAAUUUAGCACGAGGAAAACCUACCGAUCAGAGCUCUACUCUCGGCCAUGCAUAUUCGAGUCUUGCUGUAGAUGGAAUGUGGGAAUCAGAUAUGUGGUUCAGCAACACUAAUUCAUUCACGUGCGCACAUACUAAAUCAGAUAAUGAAAAAAUGUGGUGGAUGGUAAACUUGGAACAUAUAUACGUUGUGUCAAAAGUCGUCAUCUUGAACAGGAUUGACUGUUGCUGGGAACGUUUAAGGGACCUUACCAUCACUGUUGGAGAAACGGAAAGUAACAUGCUACUGUGUGCAACAUAUGAGGGUGCCGGAGAGCUUGUGAACAUCACGUGUCAAACAUCGUUGUCAGGACAAUUUGUACGGAUAAAUAAGCCAGGCCCUGACGCUUUACAACUGUGUGAAGUUGGUGUUUAUUUCACUGGGAGAAGUACACUAGUCACUGGGAGAAGUGUAGAGACAUGGUGUGAUAUGACAAAUGGUGGAUGGGCUGUUGUACAACGUCGCCAAGACGGAACAGAAAACUUUUAUAGAAUAUGGCAAGAUUAUGUUAAAGGAUUCGGUGAUAGAACAGGUGAAUAUUGGUUUGGACUUGAAAAUACCUUCGGAUUGACUAAAGUUCAGAGUUCUUUAAGAAUUGAAAUAGAGGCAUUUGGAGAUAUAUUACCUACGACUGCCUACGGACUGUAUGAUACAUUUUGGAUGGAUGACGAAACCUCGAACUUUAAACUUCACGUGAGUAACUUCUCUGGAGACUGUGGUGAUAGUUUUACUGUUCAAGAUGGAUAUUUCUUCACUACUAUAGAUCGGGACAAUGACGUGGACGAAAAUAUGAAUUGUGCAGUACAAUACGGGGGAGCAUGGUGGCAUAACGAAUGUCAUCAUAAAAGUACUACAACAUGCCACUGUAGUUCUAGUACAGAUGGCAUUGCAGAAGCAGUUAGCGGUGACAACACAGGAACAACAUAUGGACUAAGAAAAACCGUCGUUUUUACCUCGUCUCUGCAGACAAAAGAUCAACGGUUUAAAAGAAUACACAAACAGCCAGAGGCUAUUGACUGUCUAGCUCUGUAUACAAAGGAUAUUUCAGAAACGGUGCAUAUGUUAUCAAGCCGGCGGGCGGGACUAAGAUUGAGGCGUGGUGUGAUAUGA